CAAGAAAGGAGGAUCCAUUUUCGAUAUUUCCAUAUAUUCCAGAAGACAGAGCUCAAAACCCCCUCCAUUUUCUCUCUCCUCUUUCUGCUAACUGAGCCAAUCAUCAAUGGCGGAAGAAGAUGAAGUAACAAUGGAAGUCGAAGCUGCUGAAGCCGUUUAUGGCGACGACUGUAUCGUUCUCAAUAGAUUUCCUCCUCAUCUUCGUCUCCACAUCAAACCUCGUACCGCCGACGUCCAUUCUCAACAGUUUGUGGAAGCAACAAUUGAGUUACGGGCUGGUAUGCAGUAUCCCAGUGAUCCACCUUAUGUUGAUAUUAUAGGUUCUAAAGGACUUGAUGAGAAAAGGCAAAAGCAUCUGAUUAGUGGUUUACAUGAGAAGGCUCAUGAACUUGCGUCUUGCUUAAUGCUUGUGGCGCUUUGCGAGGAAGCUGUGGAAAUUCUUACCAGCAUGAACCACCCUGAAGGUGAUUGUCCAUUGUGUUUGUAUCCUUUGGUAACAGAAGAUAAGCACAGUGAAGCCCAGCCAUUUAUGAAGUUGAUGUCUUGCUUUCAUUGCUUCCACUGUGAGUGCAUUGUAAGAUGGUUGAAAUGGUUCCUGAGACAAAAUGAUGCCUGCCAUGGAACCUCAAGUACUCCGUCAACUAUUGUCCAUGAAGAAAACAAUCUGGCUUCAGAAUUACGCAAAAUGAUGGGAGAUAGUACAGGAAACUGUCCUGUCUGUCGUAAAGUCUUCCUCGCCAAGGACAUUGAGCAUGUGCUCAACUUAGUUGGUUCUCAUGAUGCAGAAUUGGAUGUUUAUGAGAAAGAGCUCGUGGAGAAAGUCCUCCAAUGUGAUCUGGAGACCAGUAGAAGACAGAAGUUUGAGACAAUAUUGGAGCUGCAACAACAGCAUGGUGGCUUGAUAGAACCCCCGAAAGACAAUGUGUUAUUUUCGCGCCUCUCUCUUCAAGACUUGGUCAGUGAAGAUGCAGAGGUGAUGAAUGAACAAGCCAGCGAGCAACAACAUAACAAUCAAAUUGCUAGAGAAGAGCCAGAGUCAAGUAAUUCCUCAAAUCGUACCCGUGAAACAAGGAAGCAACGUCCUAGAGGUCAUAACAACGCGAUGGAACCUGCAUCUGGUGGUCCUCCAACUAGGUCUAAUGCUGGGCACCGCAGGUACUCUGGCCCAAGAAAACAUAAUAACAAUAAUUCCAGAUGGCAAGCCAAACCGUGCCCUAAGAAGGAAUAGGAUACUUCUGGUUUAGGUGAAUUUAGGUACCAUUUUCUUAAUCUGUUCCGAAUCUUCCCAUGGUUGUUGGGAAAAGUCUGUAAUACGGUAUAGUAACUUAUCUAUGUGCAUAAGUCUUGUGAAUAGGAAAAUAGGAUUCGAAUUAUUUGUCCCAAUUCGCUAUACUUUUUUUGCUCGUCUAAUUGUUUUUCACCCUCAAGCUUCCCUAGUAUUUGUGGGGGCCGAAGGUUGGGACAUGUAGAGGAUACAUGAACGUCCUAUAAUGGAUACUUGUGUUAAAUUUGGUAUGAAUAAUACAUGAACGUUCUUCUGCAUUA